GCAGCUCAUUGGCAAGACUGAGAUCAGGAAGAGGAGUUAAAUAAGGCUACUGCUGCACCCAGUGCUGUCAGAUACACAGAAAUGGCUUUCCUGUGGUUUGUGUCCUGCCUCGCCUUGGUCAGUGCAGCCUAUGGCUGCGGCAUCCCUGAUGUCCCCCCUGUGGUGACAGGCUAUGCUCGUAUUGUUAACGGUGAGGAGGCAGUGCCCCACUCAUGGCCCUGGCAGGUCUCUCUACAGGACAUAUUUGGCUGGCACUUCUGCGGUGGCUCCCUGAUCAAUGAAAACUGGGUCGUGACUGCCGCUCAUUGCGGCGUCAGAACUAGCCAUCGCGUGAUCCUUGGAGAGCAUAACAAAGCCAAGAGCGGAGAGAAAAUCCAGACUCUGAAAGUGAGCAUGGUGUUCACCCAUCCUGAAUGGAACUCCAAAACCAUCAACAAUGACAUUGCCCUGAUCAAGCUGGCCUCCCCUGCCUCCAUUGAGUCCAGUGUUUCCCCUGUUUGUUUGGCUGAAACCAACGAUGUGUUUGCUCCCGGCCUGAAAUGUGUGACUACUGGAUGGGGCGUGACACGUUAUAAUGCUCUCCUCACUCCUGAUAAGCUGCAGCAGGUCGCACUGCCUCUGCUGUCUAACGAGGACUGCAAGAACUACUGGGGAAGCAACAUCUCCGAUGUCAUGAUCUGUGCUGGCGCUGCUGGUGCUUCUUCUUGCAUGGGUGACUCUGGUGGUCCUCUGGUGUGCCAGAAAGGCAAUGUGUGGACACUGGUGGGCAUCGUGUCCUGGGGCAGCAGUACCUGUUCCACCACCGUCCCUGCUGUGUACGCCCGUGUCACUGAGCUUCGCGCCUGGGUGGAUGGGAUCCUGGCGGCCAACUAAAGGCCCCACAUUUCUUCACUACCUAUGCAGCUCACCCUUACUUUCAAAGCCUUACGAUCAAGACCUCAAUGACUCAGUUCUGACAGGUGGGGGCACUAGAUGUCCACAAAAUUUAGCCAACACAUGGAUUUAGGAUGUCUCCUGCAUGUAAUUUUCCGAUGGUUUAAAGGAUUAAUGUGUUUUGAUGUUGAAGUAUGCAGAUAUUAAUGCCUGUCAGGUAAAUGUCUCUCAUUUGUAAUUGUUGUUUAUGAUAAUUCUGAUGAGUGCACUAUGAGUUCAAAUUAAAUCACAGUAUGGGAGGUUUCAUUAAAAAUGAGACCGCAGUUAAGUCACAAACAUUAGACACGACAUUCAGCCAUAAGCAUCUCAUGAAUUACACCCACAAGAUCAUGAACACAGUCCAAACAUGACAGCCCACAGACCAACAGCAAAUGGCUCCAGUAAAACAUAGUCAGCAAGAUGAAAAAACAAACAAAAAAAAGCGACAAAAAUGAGAAGCAAGUCUGUC